AGUGCUGGCCCCUCACUCCCUCGCUGGCUGUCCCCCUGCGCGCUCCUCACGGAGCAGACCCGGAUUGUCGGCGGAUGAGGGCGCUUCACCGCCGCCUCAAAAGCAGGUACUUUCUCUGCUUCGUCGAACGCGUGUCUCUUUAAACAAGGCGAAAGCGAUGAGCGGAUAAGAAGCCCCCAAAGUCCUGACCGGGAACGCGCACGGCUCUCCGGGAGACUUUGGGAUGUGAACGGCUCGAGCGCGGAGCUCCUGUUCGGGCCUGAGCGAAGCCGCGGGACCGCCGGGGGCUGGCGCUGGACCAGUGGAUGACCAACUUGUGAAAAAGUACUCCUCCAGACUUCUAGAGCAGAUCAUGGCUGACGUAUUCUACCCCAGUCUCCUGCUCGUGCUCAUGAUGUCUUCACUAGAUUGGCUGUCCACUCCAGGAUCUGCCUUUCUCUUUGACCAGGAUCGCACAAAGUCUGCGCCCCUUGAGCCUCAUUUUACUGAAUGUGUAUCGAGGGACCUGGAGACAUUCCGAUGUUGGUGGAGUCCGGGUUCGUUCCACAACCUGUCCUCACCUGGAGCCCUGAGAGUCUUCUACCUUAAGAAAGACCCUCCCUUAAGUGAAUGGAAGGAAUGUCCUGAGUAUAACCAUUUAAACAGGGAGUGCUUCUUUGACGCAAACCACACAUCAGUUUGGCUUCCCUACUGCGUGCAGCUUCGGAGCCAAAACAACAUCACCUAUUUCAACGAGGAAGACUGUUUCACAGUGGAGAAUAUUGUGCGCCCUGACCCACCAGUGUCUCUAAACUGGACCCUGCUGAAUGUAAGUCCCUCUGGGCUGAGUUACGAUGUCAUGGUCAGCUGGGAGCCCCCGCCCUCUGCAGAUGUCCAAGCAGGCUGGAUGCGCAUCGAGUAUGAAGUCCAGUACAGAGAGAGAAACGCCACGAACUGGGAAGCCCUGGAGAUGCAGCCGCACACUCAGCAGACGAUCUACGGCUUGCAAAUCGGAAAAGAAUACGAAGUACACAUCCGCUGCAGGAUGCAAGCCUUCACCAAGUUUGGCGAGUUCAGUGACUCCAUCUUUAUGCAGGUGACAGAGAUUCCCAGCAAAGAGUCUACCGUCCCUCUGACUCUGAUUCUCGUUUUUGGAACUGUGGGAAUUCUCAUUGUCAUCAUGCUGAUAGUGAUUUCUCAGCAACAGAGAUUGAUGAUGAUUCUGUUGCCACCAGUUCCUGCACCCAAAAUCAAAGGCAUCGAUUCUGACUUGUUAAAGAAGGGGAAACUGGAGGAGCUGAAUUUCAUCCUAAAUGGUGGAAGUAUUGGUGGCCUCCAAACGUUUUCUUCAGAUUUUUUCCAAGAUGAGCCGUGGGUGGAGUUCAUCGAAGUGGAUGAAGAGGAUGCAGAUAGUGGAGAGAAGGAGGACGACCAAGCCUCAGACACACAGAAGCUGCUCGGCCCCCCCCAGCCCAUCAGCGACCACAGGACAAUCAGAAGCUCCGAAACUGUCCGCCACCCUAAUGACGACUUCAGUCGUGCCGGCUGUUACGAUGCAGAUCUGCCUGACACAAAAGUGCCGAUGGACGCUCCUCUGCCGGGCCAUACAGGGGACAAGGAAUCCUCUGCGGAUUUCCCCGAGAGAGCCCCAGCCUUCGACAGAGGUCAAGCUCCUCCUGUCCAAACCCAAACUGGAACUCCCCAAACGUGGGUGAACACAGACUUCUACGCGCAGGUCAGCAAUGUUAUGCCUUCGGGGGGAGUCGUGCUGUCCCCUGGCCAGCAGCUCAGAUCCCAGGAGAGCCCGUCAGACUCUGAACUUGAAGCACAAACAAAGGGAAAGCAGAGGGACGAGAGCGAGGACGCAAAUGGACAAAGGCAAAAAGAGCCUCAGUUUCAGCUGCUGGUGGUGGAUCCAGAAGGAAGUGGCUACACCACCGAGAGCAAUCGCUGGCAAAUCAGCACUCCCUCCAACUCUGCCAACCCCGGGGCGGGGUACCAAACCAUCCCCCCUCCACCGGUGGAGACUAAACCAGCAGCUUCGGCAGAUGCUAAUCAGUUACCCUACAUUCUUCCUGACUCUCCUCAGUUGGUUGCUCCUGUCGCAGACUACACAGUAGUUCAGGAGUUGGACACCCAUCACAGCUUACUCCUAGACCCCACUCCCAUCCAGUCCCCCCCUCCCUGCCCAUCCCAGCUGCCCCUCAAACCCCAAAUACCUGUGGAGUACAUAACACCAGACCUGCUGGGAAACCUCCUACCGUGAAAUGACACCGCUUUGAGACCUCCGCUGUCACUGACCUCUGCUGGAUACCAAAAGAACCUGAAGGAGCGUGCACGUGGAGGAGCCGUCCGCUUUCAUAGUCAGAGGAGGACUGGAAAAGCUGCACACUAUUCCCUCAACUCUUACAGGAACAGCCACAAACCAAAUAGAAAGGUUACGCUUUUCAUCGAUGCAUGAUGGUAGUUAAUCAAAAGCAAUGACUUUGGUGAAGUCUUAAUAGUACAGAUACCAAUAGUGCAUAGAAAAUAAACUGACAUUGUGAGAGUUUGUCCCGUGGAGACGUUUAGCCACUCACAUUUUAGUUUUCUAGUUUGAUGUCAUCAUAAAAGUACCUCAUGAGAGCUAUAUAUUUUUAUAUUAAAAAAACAUGUAAACAAAACACUGUAAUUCAAUUCAAUUAUACUUCAUUGAAAAAUCAUUGUUUUCAGUGCAACCCAGAACAAGACAAACAGGGAGGUAGUUCUAGGUUGACACCUAUGCAGGCUCAUAUUUCCAGCUUUAUUUUCUCAAAGCUGUUAAUCAGUAACUAGAAAAUCAAAAGCAACAAAAUAUGUGAACAACUUAUAAACAAGUAUUUGAGAAAAAUACCAGCAAAACAACAGACAAAUCAAUUUUUUUGUCUUCUUAGGGAUGUUUAUUGUCUGUCUCCAGAACAGAAAGAUAAGAAAAAACACUUUUAUCAGCAAAUCCCUGGAAUCAGUUAAAUACCACAAUCAGUUUUUACAUUUCUCAUUGUGAGAUUUCAUUUUUAUUGUCACACCAUCUGAAUGUAUGCCACUGUGGUGAAGCUCCUCCAUAUGAGGGAGGCUUCAUGCAGGGUAAUGUAAGCUGUGCUGGACAACAUGUAGCGCCACCAACAGGCUUGCUCUUGAUCGAGCGUGGUGCCUUCAUGGUUGGGUGAAGGGAUAGAUAAAUCAAACGUACCUGCUCAUUUAUACUUUAAACUGCAACCGUAUUGGUGAAACUCCCAGUUUGGAAGCAUUGACUGUAUAUGAGAAUGGGACCGAGUGAGUGUGACGUCACCCAUAGACAAUGACCUAUUUUCGGUUCCAACUUUUGGAGUCAAUGUUUUUGUGAAAGGGGUGCCGCCAUGUUGGAACCAGACUUUGGCUACGGUCACAUAUCCAAAAAUACCACCACAUGGUGAACUAAAUGCAAGUCAUUCAGCAAAUUCGAUAGGUGGUUGCUUGUUAGCAUUUGUAGAUAGAUACAUUUUGACAUCCAGAGAUUUUAAGAAAAAGUUCAAAUUUGACAGAACGAUUUUUCUCUAAAAGUUGACAUCAGUCAGUGGCCACCCGGGCACAUUUUGAGAUGGUAGUAGCAGUCCAGUGACAGCUGGGCAGCAACAGGUCCGUGGAAUUGCAGGCAGGCAGCAGCUCUGCUGGGAUGAUGAGUAAAUGUCGCCAAACUUGUCAUAUAUGGACGUGUGGUUUGGGUCAAUUUUUGACGUUUUGGAUGUCGCCAACUCGUCGUUUUGUGCUGUGCUGGCUGUUCCCAUUAACCGCCAGAUCACAAACCGGUAAGAGUCCAAGUGCAACUUGGCAAUAGACAUUAAAAAAGUGCAUACACUAAUCAGGGGUCACCAACCCUCAGGAUGCAUUCCAAUCUCUCCAGUACUGGGAUGCGGACCAGUACCCUAACCCAGUACCGGUUCCACGUCCGCUACUGCAUCCCAAGAGUUGGGGACCCGUGAUUUAACGGGAACAGCCAGCACGUCAAAAAACCACGAGUUACGGACACCCAAAACAGUAUAUAAAAAGUGGACUAUUCCGCACGCCUGACAGCUGCCUGACUGUCGUGGUCUACAUUCAUGACCACGCCAACCAUCCUCAAAAAAGCAGCAUGAAAUCUUGAAGAUCUGCAGUGGCAAUUGUAUUUGUGACCGUAGCAUUUGUCAGUAAGCAGUGAUUGGUCCAAGGUGGUCUGAGUCAUCGAUUCUAGUCUAGAGUCCACACCCCUACCAUUUGAAAGUGGUCUCAAGAGAAUCAGGCAAUCGACGUGCGACCACAUGCGUUUAUGGAGGCGUCUAGUUGGUCACUUUACAAGUUGAAUAACUCUUGCUACAGAAAAUAUGAAGAAAUUGGAUUUGCAAGAAAAAAUUUUUAAGAAAAAGGUAGGAAAAGUUAUUCUGACAGAAGCCUAUGGGAUUUUGGCUUCUUGAAACCUGCAAGUACAUCCUGUUUAGGGGGGGAGGGGCUACUCGUCCAUUUUUCAUAUAAAGUCAAUAGUUAAGAGUUUUUUUUCUCCUUCAUUACAGGAAUGUCAACUGGAACAAGAUGAAUGACUGUGAAAGUGUACAAUAGAUGUAAUUACACAACUCUACUUUUGCCACAUUUGCAUUUAAAAACAUGUGCCUAUUAUGAUGCUACAGGCUCGCAUAAUGAUACUAUGCUUACAGUCGUUUUGUUUGGUGCAUUUUUCCGUUACUGAAUAACUUUCAUGCAAGUGCUGCUGCUUUGUAUAGAUCAACCGGUUUUAAAGCUCCCUGUGGACAAAUCAACACUUAAAAUCUGCACAAAUCCAAAAACGGAAACUUGCAUGGACACAUCAGAAAUGCCUUAAACAUGCUAAACAUCGCCUUUUGGAAAAUAUUGCUAGCUAGAUAUUUGGAAAAUGAAACAAAAGUGUUUUUAAGUUAGUGUUAGCACUUGUUAGUAGUAAAAUGUUCACUUCUAGUGUGGAAGAUUUUUAUUAACAAAUUUAGGACAUGUUAUGCAAAAUCAGUUGCCUGAUCAAUUUUUUGCCUUGAAAAAAAAUCUUGUUUUGGGUCAUUUAUGAAGUGUUUCUGUAAUAUUUUUAAGGAAAAAAAGAAAAAAAAGAAAUUAGUGUUGACAAUAUGUCUGUCACAAAGAGGGCAGCGUGGCAUGUUUUGUAUGUUGAGCCAGUGGCGUUUGUGUUAUAUCCAUUUCUAGUAAUUCAACCACAAAAACGUUUUUACUUCAGAGGCAUGUUUCCAAACAGCUGGUUCAUUCUCAUGUGAACAAAACACACUAAAUGCAAACUGAUCCAUCCUGUGAAUUUUUGGAAUCAUUAUGGUGACUUGUUGUUUUUUUAAGUAGAUAAUCUCAUGAAAAUAAAGACACAAAGGAAGAGCUAUAACAAGACAGCUAUGUAAUGUGAACCUGAUAAAUAUGUGCCAUUUCUCUCUUUUUACUGAAAGGACAAAAGGAAAAAAAAUCCUCUGCUCUGUUGCUGCUGCCUAAUCAGGAUGAAACCAGCAAGUUAAUGCUGUUGCAUAAAUGUCUUAAUAUAUUCACAGAUGUAAAGAUACAAGUAUAUAUUUUCAGUGUUACAAAUCAUGAUGUUUUGCUGCUUGGUUUGUGCCGUUUUUUUCUGUAAAUCAAGGCAAAGUUUGAUGGGAAAAACUUUUUUUUGAACGAUAACUGUAUUGUGUUAGUGUUGGUUUUGUAUAAAAAGGAUGCAAAUGAUCUAAAAAGUGACUUAAAUACGAGAAAAGUUUAUAGUUUUGAUUAGAAGGGAAGAUUUAUCUCAGAGUGAGACUUCACAUCCAUCCAAAGAUUUGUUUAUAAAGGAAAUCAGAAGAAUGGAGGAUGAACUGGCUAACUGGAAUAUAACUACACAAGCAAAUACGGUGGCCCUGACCCGCCAUCACAGCAAAAAAAAAAA